AUGGGUGAUCGCGAUAAAACAAUGUACGGUUCGACACUUUCCCUCGAAUCGAUGAAAGUAAUAGCUGAAAGUAUCGGCGUCGGUAGCCUGCCGGAUGACGCGGCCAAAGAGCUGGCAGACGAUGUAUCCUAUAAGCUGAAGCAGAUUGUACAAGAUGCCGUCAAGUUUAUGCAUCACUCGAAGCGCAUGAAGCUGUCCAUAGCGGACGUGGAUCAUUCGCUGAAGGUGCGCAACAUCGAACCACAGUACGGCUUCGUGGCCCGGGAUUUUAUACCCUUCCGCUUUGCGUCCGGCGGUGGACGCGAGCUGCAUUUCAUUGAAGAGAAGGAAGUCGAUCUGACCGAGGUGGUACAGGGCCAACCACCAAAGAUUCCGCUGGAUCCUUCGUUACGAACGCAUUGGUUGGCGGUCGAAGGUGUACAGCCGACCGUGCCCGAGAAUCCGCCACCGUUGUCCAAGGAUGUGCAAGCACUGGAUUCGGUCAAUCCGGCCCACAAACUAGACAAAACGAACCAGAAGGAUACUACUGGCAAACCUACGAUUAAUAAGCACAAGCUUAAGAACUCGGAAACGGUGCAGGUGAAACAGCUGGCUCAGCAUGAACUUUCGGUGGAACAACAGCUGUACUAUAAGGAAAUUACUGAGGCAUGCGUUGGGUCUGAUGAGGCAAGACGGGCGGAAGCAUUGACAUCGCUGUCCAGUGAUCCGGGCCUGCACGAAAUGCUCCCGAGAAUGUGUACAUUCAUCGCGGAAGGUGUAAAGGUGAACGUGGUGCAAAACAAUCUGGCCCUGUUGAUCUAUCUCAUGCGAAUGGUUCGCGCCCUGCUCGAUAAUCCUGCCCUCUAUCUGGAGAAAUAUCUCCACGAGCUUAUCCCCUGCGUUUCUACGUGCAUCGUGUCUCGGCAGCUGUGUAUGCGACCGGAGCUGGACAAUCACUGGGCUUUGCGUGAUUUUGCUGCCCGGCUAAUGGCCCAGAUUUGUAAAACGUUCAACACGUCCACCAACAAUCUGCAGACGCGUGUAACACGGCUGUUCAGUGCAGCGUUGCAAAAUGACAAAACACCACUGUCCUCGAUGUAUGGGGCAUUGCAAGGUUUGUCCGAGUUGGGUACGGAGGUUACGAAGGUGUUCAUUAUACCACGGCUCAAAUUUAUAUCCGAGCGUGUUGAACCGUUGCUCCAGGGCAUCACUAGCAACAUCAGCAAUACGGACAAGAUUGCCGCUGGCCACAUACGUGCGAUGCUACUGAAGGGCGUUCCACCGAUACUGAAAACACUUCGCAAUCCUCCCGAUUUGGUGGAAGAGUACAAACGGGACUACGGGUGCUUGGGACAAACGUUACACCAAGCGGUGGUUAAGGCUCGCUCUGCGUCUCCAUCGUCGGGAGCACUGGGGUCGGGUGGUUCUUCCGUAUCGACGACCACACCAUCAGCUACCACCUCCAUUACCGUCAGCACAAGCAGCAAUAGUAGCAACACCGUUGUCCUAACGUCAGCACCCUCCUCCCGACCUCUAACUCCACAAUCCUCCGUAGCGAAAACGAUAGCGGCAACAGCUUCCAUCCAGCGACCAGGAACCGUAACGGGUGGCUCUGUUACUGUACAACCACAGCAAAAGUUUGUGAUAGUCCCACAGCGAGCGCAAACACCGUCUCCAUCGCAAGAUGUAGACGAUUUUGUAGGUCCCAUCAUACAACGGCAGAGCAGCGUAACUAGCGGUGGUGCUACUUCCAUAGUAACGCCCAACACAGUGCAGCUGCAAUCGAACUUGCUCAAGCUGGAAUCAGGAACAACGAUGACAGGUGCACAAACAAGCGGUACGACCGGUGGUGGUGGUGGCGGCCAGAAGCUGGUCAUCAUAAAUCAAUCACAAGCUGGGCUAACUACCAAUAUUAUUACCAAACCGACCGCUUUCAUUGCUACUGGCACCACGGCGGGGGGCGGUGGUAAUGGACCAGAAAUACAGGACGACGUGAUCCAAGUUCCGCCAGAGCUGGAUGAUCUUUCGCAUUUAGAAUAG